GUCCACUUUCGGGUACAGAUACCACGGAGGUGCAGUUUCUGUGGAUCCUACAAUGGCCAUUGGUAGCAAGCUAGAUGUCGGUACCCAUCUAGACACAGUCUUGAUUUCGGAUGAGGUGCUGAGUAAGACGUGCAUAGGGUAUAUUGUUGUACAGGACACCACUCCACCGAAUGUGACGUGUGAUGACGUCACAACGAGGUCCUUUUUACCGAACAGUUUUCUUGGACUGUCUUUGGGUGUUUCGUACACGUACGAGGAUUCAAAUCCUGAUCCCAGUGGGAUUACUUAUAACGUAACCAUAGGACCAGGCGGAGAUUUGUUCCCGCCCGGACAAACCCCAGUGACGAUGUACGCGGUCGACCUACAUGGCAACAGAGCGACAUGUCUUUUCUACGUGGAAAAUACGCUGACUGAGCUACCAGUGAAUUGCCCAGACCUGAACAAAACGGUCGCCACUGACAUGGGACUGCCCACAUAUUCUUACACCCCUUCCAUUGAGGCCAGUGACGUCACAAAGUCCACUUUCGGGUACAGAUACCACGGAGGUGCAGUUUCUGUGGAUCCUACAAUGGCCAUUGGUAGCAAGCUAGAUGUCGGUACCCAUCUAGACACAGUCUUGAUUUCGGAUGAGGUGCUGAGUAAGACGUGCAUAGGGUAUAUUGUUGUACAGGACACCACUCCACCGAAUGUGACGUGUGAUGACGUCACAACGAGGCCCUUUUUACCGAACAGUUUUCUUGGACUGUCUGUGGGUGUUUCGUACACGUACGAGGAUUCAAAUCCUGAUCCCAGUGGGAUUACUUAUAACGUAACCAAAGGACCAGGCGGAGAUUUGUUCCCGCCCGGACAAACCCCAGUGACGAUGUACGCGGUCGACCUACAUGGCAACAGAGCGACAUGUCUAUUCUACGUGGAAAAUACGCUGACUGAGCUACCAGUGAAUUGCCCAGACCUGAACAGAACGGUCGCCACUGACAUGGGACUGCCCACAUAUUCUUACACCCCUUCCAUAGAGGCCAAUGACGUCACAAAGUCCACUUCCGGGUACAGAUACCACGGAGGUGCAGUUUCUGUGGAUCCUACAAUGGCCAUUGGUAGCAAGCUAGAUGUCGGUACCCAUCUAGACACAGUCUUGAUUUCGGAUGAGGUGCUGAGUAAGACGUGCAUAGGGUAUAUUGUUGUACAGGGAGGCAUGUCUCCUUUAGCCUCUCUACAGCCACCGUUGCCAUACCAACCAACGCCACCAUUUCAGUACAUCCAGUCACGUAAUCGCACACACCCCCAGCCACUCCCACCAGAAGAAAAGGAUAGCUUCCCAUCAAUUCGCUCCACCCAGCCAGUCCCUCUUCAGUCAACGCAACGUACAUCGUUUCCAUAUCAACAGACGCCACCAUUUCAAUACACCCAGUCACGUGAACGCACACACCCCCAGUCACUCCCACCAAGACAACAAUACAACAUGCCAAUAUAUGAAUCAUCGCUCGACUUAUGCUUCAGUAGUCAGUGCACCAACAUCACGUAACCUAAGUCGCGCAAUUCAAGG